UGAGAGGCCGCUGAGAUUCGCACUCGCAUUCGCAGUCAGCUGUUUUCAAGAAGAUUCACAGACCACAGACAGUACGUGCAGUAAAGUUUUCAAAGUUGAAGAUUUAUUUUUAGUGCAGUGCAAUGGUGCGCGUGUCUUCGAUGAAUCGUCGCUACGUAGCGAAAUACCGUUUGUCUUCCGAUUCCUCAGUUUAAUUAGAAUUAGGAACCUAGUCUCCCCUGAUUCGAGAAAGUUUCGCCUCAUCCUCAUUUGUGAUUUAUUGUGUUGAUAACUCGGAGAAGAGCCGAGGCUUCGACGUCUUCUCGAGGUUUUCAUGCAACUAGUCUCCUCGAGUCUUCUCCAGAUCGUCCUCAAGGCCAGGAAAAAUGCGGAGAACAAAAGCCAGCAUUUUUCACGAUAUUUAUAAUCAGCCGUACGAUGAUUGCUCGCGAGUUAAGCUCUAUUCGAGCACCAAAGCGAGCCUUCAAAUGAUGCAACGCAUGUCGUUACUGAAAAGAUUAAAAGUACAUGAUGGAUGUGUCAAUUCGAUUUGCUGGAAUAACAGCGGCGAAUUGAUUUUGUCUGGAAGUGAUGAUCAACAUUUAGUUCUUACGAAUGCCUACACUUAUCAGGUAUUAACGGACUACAAAACCAGCCAUAGAGCAAAUAUUUUCAGUGCUAAAUUCUUGCCUGAUAGUGGAGAUCAUCGUAUUGUAUCAUGCAGUGGAGACGGAAUCAUUCUUUACACAGAUUUAAUGCGAAGAACAGAAACUUUUCACAAUCAGUUCAAUUGCCACAGUGGAACGACUUACGAAAUAGCUACAAUACCUGGUGAACCUCAUAAUUUUCUUAGUUGUGGUGAAGAUGGAACCGUAAGAUGGUUCGAUCUUCGGAUAAAGGACAAGUGCCAUGAGCCACGAUGUAAAGAGGAUGUGCUGAUUUCUUGUCAACGAGCCGUUACUGCACUUUCUGUUAAUCCUGUAAUGCUUCAACAAAUUGCGAUUGGCUGUUCAGACAGCACAGUGAGGACCUUUGAUAGAAGAAUGCUUAGUACACAGGCUACAGGUUGGGUAGAUAAUGGAACCACAUCGAGACCUUUAUGUAGUUUUACGGUACCUGAAUUUGAGGGAAACUCUUAUAGAAUAACAUCCUUAAGCUACAGUCCUGAUGGUCAAGAUGUUCUCGUUAGUUACAGCAGCGACCAUCUUUACUUAUUCAGCGUAAAGGAUCAGGGAAGUAUACAGUUAAAGAAAAAUGCUUCACUCGGAAAAGGAAAGGGGAAAAAACACCCUUUGCGAUCUCCACAACCAGUUCGGCGUUUAAGACUGCGAGGCGAUUGGUCCGAUACGGGACCUGAUGCCCGUCCAGAACGCGAAGGAGGCCGACGCAGUGGAACAGAAAUCGCUCAGGCAAGACCUGUCCUUCACACUUCUCUCAUGCAGAGAAUGACUGACGUUCUCAGCAGAAUGCUUAACGACCCAGCCACUAGAGCCGCUUUAAGUGGAGGAGGCGAGGAUAGUUUAGAAGGCGUUAUGGAGCAACACGUUGAAAAUAAUCAGAAUAAUAGCGAAAACAACGGAGAAAGCAACGCCGAGAGUAAUGGUGAAACGGGAAAUACCGAAAGGGAACAAGCUGAUAGAUCACAGGAUAACAUUUUAAGCAGUGAAGAGAGUGAAAACCAGCCAAAUGCAGAAGUCGCCGUAGAUACCACUAGAGAAGAAAGUAGAGUUCAACCGACUGAUAAUGUUGAUGCCGCAAUUGAAGUUCGAGCCACAACGAGUAAAGCCUCGGAAGGUGAUGUAAGUAUGCGACAAGGAGAAUUAAAAUGCCAGAAAAUUGAGAGUUCGAGAAAAGAGACAGCAGCAGCGUCGGCAAGUGCGGCUGCUGCUGCGGAGUCUGUUGAGAGUCGUCUACUCGAUUCCACGCCUGAGACUGUCCCGAUGGAAACUGAAUCUAGUCAUGUUGGAGAGGCGAGUCCUCUUCAAGCCCUUAUCGCGAGCAAACGUCGGAAAGCUCGACUUGCCGCCGAAAGUGCAAGAAGCGAGGGUGUUAUGGGGUCUUCCAGUACUGAUGUGGCAAGUAGUCGCGAGGGUAGCAUCAUGGAGAAUCUCCAGGACCGACUGACGACGAUGAGAGAUGGAUUUCUCGAGAGGCAUGGUAGUGAGCCUGCAGUGAGUUUAACAUAUUCAGACAAAAGCUCGACUAAUGCUACCAUUUCUCUCGGAGUCGCGGACGAAGUGACGCGCGACAGUUAUCAUCCAGUUCCGUCUGUCAGUCAAUCUAGCAGAGUAGAAAUGUCUGACGCUGGUCCAAGUUGUUCGUGUAAUAGUCAAUCUAAUUUUAGCGAUAUCAGAGAAAGAACAGAAGAAGAUGCUUAUAACGAUAGCGAUGAUGAAGAGAUGGAAUCAGAGAGAAGGCUUGACAAUGCCAUCGACGCCGAAAUGGACGAGGCAAUCGCGGAUGCUCGUUCGUCUCAGGACGACGAGGCCUUCGAUGAACCGAAUUUAACAGAUCUUCAUGUCAAGCAAAAAUACAUGGGACAUCGCAAUGCUAGUUUCUUUAGGACUAUGAUCAAAGAAGCGAAUUUCUGGGGCGAUGAUUACGUGAUGUCGGGUAGUGAUUGCGGACACGUGUUCGUCUGGGACCGAGAGACGGCAAAACUCUGUAUGCUACUCGAGGCUGAUCAGCAUGUCGUCAAUUGCCUGCAACCCCAUCCCUUCCUGCCGAUGCUGGCCACUUCCGGGAUCGACUACGACGUCAAGUUGUGGGCGCCGGUCAACGUGGAAUCCAGUUUUGAUGAGAGCUUCGCGGAAGAUCUGCAAAAAAGAAAUGCUGUUAUGCUGGAAGAAACCAAAGAUACGAUCACAGUACCUGCUGUAUUUAUGAUCAGAAUGCUCGCCUGUCUUAAUCAAAUUCGAAGAGGACGAGGUCGCCGAAGUAGAAGCAGCAACGAUGAACUGGACGAAAUGCGGGGUGGCUAAAACACUCAGACUUUCCCGCAAUGAUGGAAAAAAAACCUUUUUUAUAGCCAUUUUUUGACGUGACAUUUCGAGAGCCCACACGUUAAUGUCCCCACUUUUCUUUUUUGAAAUGCUCAACGAGAAUUUUUUAAAAGUCCUGGCGAAAAAACGCAUAGUCUACAAAUAGAAAAAUGCCUAUAUUUUGUAAUAUCCCGCCGAAGAGAAUUUGCGCACUUAGCUUGGAAUUGUUUUUUUUUUCUUUUCUUUUCUUUUUUUUUUUUUUCAUCUCAAGACAGAUAUUUUUUUCCAGAAAAAGUCUAGAUUUUGCAGCUAAUAGGCGAGACACCAGAAAUAAAAUAAAAAAUAGAGAGGAUCGAAAUUUUUCCCAAAGUUGUACUUUUUCCAUAAUACGAGAGGGAAUUGUGGAUUUGUUUUUUCCACUGAGUUUUUGCAUUUUAGUCCCGAUUGAAAAUGAACUUAGAUCCGGACUGUUUAUUGAGCCGGCUCUUUUUAAAAACCAUAUCCAAUCGAAUACGAUAAUGACUUAUUAUAUCUUUUUCGUGCAAUACCAAGCGAUUGAGUAACGGGUUGUGAGAUAAUAAAUAAAUAAAAGCUGAUUCUUCAGAGGUGUUCGCCGGACGGAAUUUAAAAAUCUAAUUAAUUCUCAAGUCUGAGGCUCUUUUUUGUUGUUGUUGUUGUUGUUGUUGUUGUGGUUGCAAUCGCGUGUCGAAAUGUGUGCCUUAAUUGAAUCAAUCAGUAAAUUCUAGCAGUGAAAAUAGUAAAAUUUGAGAGGGUUUUUCCAAAUGGUUUUUCGAGGAUUAAGUAAUUGAAGGAAUUGAAAUAUGGUGAGAAUAAGGUUGAGAUCAGCAUCGAAAAGGCCCCUCACUCAACAAUAAUUGGCAGAACACACAACACCUCUGGAGGAUUUUCCCAAUUGACUGUAGAUAAUUAUUGAUAGGUUGAGUAGCUUUAAGCACAACAAGUUCCUCGACUAAGUGUUCCUGGAAUUUCGGAUACUAUUGGUUUAGAAUUUUUAGAGUUUAGAGCGAAGAGAGUGCUUUUUUGCCACGAUGCUUUUCCAACAUACACUUCACGUGGAUACUUUUACAGAGCGAAAGUACAUUGUAGGCAUUUUGUUAAUAAUAAAAGCUUCGAAAGAACCGCA